UGAUUGUGUGAUACAGACUAUUUCUCCCUCCCUUUCCAGUUGUGGAUAUGGCGUCCGCCGCGGGUGCUGUGUAACAGCCCUGCGCACCGGAGCCAACCAUUAUGAGAUAGGAAAAAGAGAGAGAGAGAGGGAGAGGGUGAGAGGCGGAUAGAUGCAAGCAAUAGGGGGAGGGGUGGAGAAAAGGAGGAGAGCGUGAUUGUGUGUGUGGAUGGAUGGAUAGGAGCCUACCGCCGGGCUGUGCCGCCGCUGCUGCUGCUAGAGGAGCGCGCACACACAUACAAGGCACACACACACACACACACACACGCUUGGGGAGGAUAGUGUGUGUGAGCCAGCCAGCCAGUCGGUGUGAGUGUGUGAGCCAUGUUGGAUGUGAAUGAACGGGAGGAGAGAUGCUGCUGCCGCGCCGCUCCUAACGCUCAGACACCCAGCUCCACGGACCACAGCGGGUAGAUGCCAACUCUCCAGGCCGAGGGAGACACGGGGGAGCCUGGGGGAAGGUGUCGGGCGGUGCUGGCGGUCCUGGAACUGGCCACCUAGCCGGAACGAGGGAACGAGAGAAGUAACGGGGAAGAAGGGAAGGCGCGCUCGAGAGAGAGAGAGAGAGAGAGAGACCGAGAGAGAAUAGGUGGAAGAGGGUGAAAGGAGGGGAGAUACGGAGAAAGGAAGAGACUAAAUGGCUGCACCGCUACCGGGCUUCACCCCGCUCCUGCUCUCGUCUCUGGCACUCCACCUGCUUCUCCUCGGCCCUUUGUUCGCCCUCGCCCCGGGGACGGUGAAUACAGGAGGGGUUUCCAACACAUGGAACCCGGGCCUCUGCUACCGAGACGCCGGUAAAGUGAGCCAGCAGCAGCAGCAACAGCAGCAGCAGCAGCAGCAGCAGCGAGAGGAAGCAGGGGAGUCGCCGAGGGGCAGCUGGAAUCUACACCCGAGCAGGUGGACCGUGAAGCGGAUACGGACCGAGGGAGGAUGCUCUGGAGUGCGGCGCGCUGGAGGCACGCUGGGAGGAUAUCAGCCGGAUGGGGCGAGGUGGACGCGGAAAGCGAGGCUGAAAGGAGUCGGGACGUUUUGGAAGAGUGCAGGCGGCCCACCGGCUCCAUCCCCAUCCCCAUCACCUCCUCCUCCUCCCCCUCCUCAUCUCCACCCCGGCAUUAGGAGCAGGUGGAACUCCCAUGGCGUCGGCUCGGGAGAGGGAGUGGAUAGAGGGAGGAUGGGAAGCCAGGGCGUUGUUUCACCUCCCGCUUCACCUGCGUUCACCUCCCUGCCGGCUCAGAACGGGAAAAAAAGAGCAGUACAAAGGACUAGAGCGUGCGCGCAACGGUGGCCGGCGUCGAGGCCACACCUCGCCAAACGCGGUGCCGCCGGAGCCUUUGUGCACGCAUCUGGCCUGUCCAGGGCACCCGGAAGUGGAGGGAGGAGAGGGGGAGAGGUGUGGGAGAGGGCUCGUGAGGUGAGCAGGCUCCUUGCCAAGCGCUGCUCCCACACACCGGGAUUUGUCCGCUGGCCAAGACCCGGAGAGCAAAACCUCUCCAACCCCUCACCUGACCCCUUUGGAUGUAUUUCAUCACGUGCUGAUAUUUCAAACAACACCUUCACAUUCCACCCGGUUUUCACCAACAGCUCGGCAUCUAAAGCGGAUUACGUUUUUAGUUUUCCAACUUGUAAUUCCCCCCGAACCGACUGCGCCGAUACAACUCAACAGCAACCGGUUUACGGGAACAGCAACAAGAAAAAGACGGUUCGGGGUGAUGAUGACGGGGGCCCAGCCAGGGUGGACAGGAGGGCUGGUAAUUGUUCUCAUUUGGGCAGGCACAAUGUUAUCGAUCCCAGCAGCAGCGAUGAGGGGGGUGAUGAUAGCUGGUUGAGUGGGCACAUUAGGAGCAGAGAGGAGGAGAGGAGGGCGAGGAACGGAGGGAAAGAUGAGGGGGGAGACGCGUGCAGAUGUGGUACACUGGCUGUAAUUAACCACAGUGCCAGGGCGCACCCGAGUUGCUGGGUACCACCUCUACCUGAUGAAAGACCUCACUAUGCCAGAAUUGUGUGCCAGAGGAUGGACGCGGCUGAGGGUAGGGAGGGAAAGCAUGGAAGAGGAGGAGGGGUGAAUCACGGCAACAAACACAUUAAUUUAUCUAAUUACCCGGAUAAUGAUUUGGCUUUUCCGAUUCUGACGCUCUUAUAUAGUACUGAUAAUGAGCUUCAGCUGGGGAAAUCAGUACCAGCAACCAGGGGGCAGAGCAGGCCAGCCCAGGGAGAGAGCAGGGAGGAUCCCGGCAGUUGCUUUGGUUGUUUGGACAGAAAAGAAUUGGGGGAUGGACAUUUCGCCGGGUUUAUGGUCCCCGAGGGAGACAUAGCUGCGAGGAAUCCCCUCAUCCAAUUUAAACUCCGCGCAGAGACGCCCGGCCAAAAGCUUCUAUCUGAUAAAAGCGCUAUUCUUGACACCGCGCUAAAAUAUUCUGGCCAAAUGAUCGAUACGCCCACUCAAACACAAACAGGCUGUUACGCGGCAAGUGGAAAACGAUCCACACCGCUCUUUUUAUCUGGCGGAGAAGCGACUGCAACUUCUGAGACCGCGUCUGCCGGUGACUCAGGCUUUUUCUCGCCUGCAAAGUUUCCCGUUAAAUCUCCCGGUGCUGUGUCAGACGCGACUCGCUCCGCGGCAGCAACAGCGAAAGUAAAACACCUGUCGUCUUUCUCGCGCAUUAACCUGACCACGUGGCGGGGCGACUCGCUUCGCUCGCGCUCUCCCGAAGACGCGAUUUCAGCACAUCGGACAGCUCCGCUUAAUGCCGAGCGCGUGUUUCUGUGGAGCAGAUUCAACACGAACAGCAAUAAUAACAACAACAACAACGAUGAGGGGGAUGAGGAGGUAAACGGAUAUAGUCACGAUGCUGAGGUGGAAAAAUCACCGUGGCGUGGUCAGGCGCAACAGCAGAAAGAGAUAGUACACGAGGGCUGCGACGAAGCCAUUUCCACUGACUGUUCAGCCACGGAGCGUUCAGACCGCGCACAUAUGCAAUUAAAAUCUGGUAAGCAAGUGCCACCAGAGCCCGAAGGUGUCAGACGGUCGUAUAGGCAGCAGCAGAUGGGGGGCGAGGGAGAAGGGGAGACGGAGGGCGAGGGCUUGGAGGGGUCCGCCGCUGUUUGGGGAGGAAAAUUACAGGUGGGGGAGGGCGAAAGAGAGGCGCGGCCGAUGGGAGGGAGAGAACCAGAGGAGGUGAUGGAAAAGGGAAUAACAAAGGCAAGCCACGCAGAGGAGAAAGAGUCAGAGGGAGGGAAGGGUCAGGAUAGGGGUAGUACAGAUAGCAAAAGAGAGAAGAGAGCGAGCCGGGAUGAAAGCCACCAGGGAGGAGAGGGGGAUGAGAGGGAAGCGGAGGAGGGGGAGGAGGACCAAAGGCACAGUUCAAGGGAAGAGAGGAGCCUGGAACGGCUGAUAGUAGUAGCAGAUGAUGAUACCUCACAGGGAGAAAGGGAGAGGAAGAUUUUGGUGCCUUGGCCUCGUUCCAGACGUGCAACCCACAAGCAGCCCCAGUUCUCAUUGUAUAACUACCAGGUACAAGUAGCCGAGAACCAGCCCCCCGGCACCUCAGUCAUCAUCAUGUCCGCCUCCGACACAGACGCAGGCGACGCAGGCAGGCUGAGCUACACAAUGGCCCCUCUGAUGAACAGUCGGUCGACUGACUACUUCCACAUCGACCCAGACACGGGCCUCAUCACCACCACUCAGAUCCUCGACAGAGAACACAUGGAUCAUCAUUACUUCCGGGUCACGGCGACCGAUCAUGGUUCCCCUCGCCUCUCCGGCACCACAAUGGUGGCCAUUAUGGUUACAGACCGGAAUGACCACUCUCCUAUAUUUGAGCAGGCCGAGUACAGGGAGACGAUCAGAGAGAACGUAGAGGAAGGCUAUCCCAUCCUGCAGCUGAGAGCGACGGAUUCAGACUCCCCCUCCAAUGCCAAUAUUCGUUACCGGUUUGUCGGUGACACCGCUGCAAUAGCACGAGAGGCCUUCGAGAUUGCCCCGCGCUCUGGCCUCAUUACAACCCGUGGAUCGGUGGACCGGGAGAUAAAUGAACACUACACUCUACAGGUGGAGGCCAGUGACCAAGGGAAGGAUCCGGGGCCUCGCUCUUCCACUGUCAAAGUUUUCAUCACCGUGCUGGAUGAAAAUGACAACGUGCCACAGUUCAGUGAGAAGCGCUACGUGGUGGCGGUGAAGGAGGAUGUGCGGCCUCACUCUGAGAUCCUCCGUGUGAGCGCUACAGACCGGGACAAAGACAGUAACGCCGCUGUUCACUAUAAUAUCAUCAGCGGUAACAGCCGGGGACAGUUUUCCAUCGACAGUGUCACCGGUGAGAUCCAGGUGGUGGCUCCACUGGACUACGAGUCCGAACGGGAGUACACACUGCGCGUUCGUGCGCAGGACAAUGGACGUCCACCUCUCUCCAACAACACAGGAAUUGUCAGUGUUCAAGUGACAGACGUCAAUGACAACCCGCCUAUCUUUGUUUCUACGCCGUUCCAGGCAUCGGUGCUUGAGAGCGCCCCGGUUGGCAGUUCCAUCCUCCACAUCCAGGCCAUCGACACAGACUCUGGUGAUAAUGCCCGGCUGGAGUACAGGUUAACUGGCACGAGCCCUGAUACACCAUUCAUUAUCAAUUCUGCAACAGGCUGGGUCACUGUCAAAUCCAUUCUGGACAGAGAAUCCGUUGAGCACUACUUCUUUGGUGUGGAGGCCAGGGAUUAUGGCAUGCCGCCGCUUUCUGCGACAGCAAGUGUUACUAUUACAGUGAUGGAUGUUAAUGACAACCGCCCCGAGUUCCUCCAAAAGGAGUACUACUCUCGGCUGAAUGAGGACGCAGUAGUCGGUACCAGCGUAGUGACUGUCACGGCUGUGGACCGUGAUGUCAACAGCGCAGUGACGUAUCAGAUAACAGGAGGAAACACCAGAAACCGAUUUGCUAUCAGCACAGCAGGAGGGGCUGGACUUCUCUCCCUGGCUCUACCACUGGACUACAAACAGGAGCGGCGUUACGUCCUGACGGUCACCGCCUCGGACCGCACCCUCCACGACACCUGCCAGGUGCACAUCAACAUCACCGACGCCAACACACAUCGCCCCGUAUUCCAGAGCGCCCACUACUCUGUUAGUGUGAACGAAGACCGGCCACCAGGAAGCACGGUAGUUGUGAUCAGUGCCACCGACGAUGAUGUGGGUGAAAAUGCUCGAAUCACAUACUUCCUGGAAGAUAACAUCCCACAAUUUCGCAUCGACCCAUCCACAGGGGCUAUAACGCUCCAGGCAGAGCUUGACUAUGAGGACCAGAUGACCUACACUUUGGCUAUAACCGCCAAAGACAAUGGCAUACCACAGAAAUCAGACACAACAUACGUUGAGGUGAAUGUGAAUGACGUGAAUGACAACGCACCUCAGUUCCUCAGUCCAAGAUAUCAGGGAACGGUGAGCGAAGACGCCCCUGCCUUCACCAGCGUCCUUCAGAUCUCAGCCACCGACCGCGAUGCACACGCCAAUGGCCGUGUUCAGUACACCUUCCAAAACGGUGAGGACGGAGAUGGCGAUUUCACCAUUGAACCCACGUCCGGUAUUGUCCGGACCAUUCGCCGCUUGGACCGUGAGAGCGUGCCGUUCUAUGAGCUCACCGCCUAUGCCGUGGACCGAGGCGUGCCCCCUCAGCGGACCCCUGUCCACAUCCAGGUGACUGUCCUAGAUGUGAACGACAACGCACCCGUCUUCCCUGCCGAUGACUUCGAGGUUUUAGUGAAGGAAAACAGCGCAGUGGGCUCAGUGGUGGCGCAGAUCACAGCCACCGACCCAGAUGAGGGUGCCAACGCUCAGAUCAUGUAUCAGAUUGUAGAGGGAAACAUCCCUGAGAUUUUCCAGAUGGACAUCUUCUCCGGGGAGCUCACUUCACUCAUCGAUCUCGACUAUGAGGCCCGCAAUGAGUAUGUCAUUGUAGUCCAGGCCACAUCCGCACCUCUAGUGAGCCGCGCCACGGUCCGGAUCCGCCUGGUGGACCAGAACGACAACCGGCCGACUCUACAGGACUUUCAAAUCAUUUUCAACAACUUUGUGUCCAACCGCUCCAACAGUUUCCCCAGCGGGGUAAUUGGGAGGGUACCCGCCCACGAUCCCGAUGUGUCAGACAGGCUGUACUACACCAUCGACCGGGGAAAUGAUCUCCACCUGCUGCUCCUGAAUCACACCAGCGGAGAGAUCAGACUGAGUCGAAAACUGGAUAACAACAGGCCGCUGGUGGCUCCCAUGCUGAUCACUGUCACGGAUGGCGUCCACAGCAUCUCGGCCCAGUGCGUUCUCCGCGUCCUCAUCAUCACCGAGGACAUGCUGGGCAGCAGCGUCACCGUCCGCCUCCAGAACAUGUCCCAGGAGCACUUCCUGUCGCCGCUGCUGGGGAACUUCCUGGAGGGCGUCUCGGCGGUGCUCUCGGUGCCGGUCGAAGACGUCUUCAUCUUCAACAUCCAGCCCGACCUGGAUGCGGCGCCGGGGGGGAUACUGAAUGUCAGCUUCUCCGCCGCGUUGCCCGGUGGACAUUUCUUCCCCUCCGAGGCCCUGGAGGAGCAGCUGUACCUGAACAGGCCGAGGCUGACGACGCUGACACAGAUGGAGGUUCUCCCGUUCGACGACAACGUGUGUUUGCGGGAGCCGUGCCAGAACUACAUGAAGUGCAUCUCCGUGCUGCGCUUCAACAGCUCUGCCCCCUUCAUCUCCUCGCCCUCCAUAUUGUUCCGGCCCAUCCACCCCAUUGCGGGCCUGCGCUGCCGCUGCCCGGUGGGGUUCACGGGCGACUACUGCGAGACGGAGAUCAACCUGUGUUACUCCAACCCUUGCCUCAACGGAGGAGUGUGUGCCCGCAGAGAGGGAGGGUACACCUGCAUCUGCCGCGAAGACUACACAGGGGACCGGUGUGAGUUUGACCGGCGGCAGGGCAGGUGUGUUCCAGGUGUGUGUCGUAACGGAGGGACCUGUCGGGAGCUUUCAGGUGGGGGUUUCAGAUGUGAGUGCCCCGCAGGAGGCUACGAGAGACCGUACUGCACCGUCACCGCUCGGUCCUUCCCACCAAAGUCCUUUGUCAUGUUCCGGGGCCUCAGGCAGAGAUUUCACCUCUCCUUCUCGUUAACAUUUGCCACCCUGGAGAACAGCGGCCUUCUCUUCUACAACGGACGCUUCAAUGAGAAACACGACUUCAUCGCUUUGGAGAUCCAAGAAGGACAAGUGGUGUUCAAGUAUUCCACAGGUGAAUCAUCCACUCAGGUUAGCCCCUUCUUGCCGGGCGGCGUGAGCGAUGGAAACUGGCACACGGUUCACAUCCACUACUACAACAAGCCGGCUAUACGCUAUCCCAAGCGCAGCAUGAGCGGUGAAGCCCAGGGUCCGUCGGACGAGAAGAUUGCCGUGGUGAGCGUCGACGACUGCGAUACGUCCCUGUCGCUUCGCUUCGGCACGCAGCUCGGAAACUAUAGCUGUGCUGCGCAGGGCAAACAGACCAGCAGCAAGAAGUCCCUGGACCUGACGGGUCCGCUGUUUCUGGGCGGAGUUCCCAACGUGCCCGACAACUUCCCCUUCGGCACCAGGGAGUUCAUCGGCUGCAUGAAAGAGCUGCACAUCGACAACAAGCCGCUGGACCUCGCUGGAUUCAUUGCCAACAAUGGAACGAUCGCCGGCUGCAGCGCCAAACUCCCCUACUGUAAGUCCAACCCCUGUCAGAAUGGAGGGACGUGCAGUGUGAGCUGGGAGACGUUCUCCUGCGACUGUCCUCUGGGAUACGGAGGAAAAGACUGCAGCCACGUGAUGACGCAUGUGCAUCGCUUCCUGGGUAACAGCGCCCUCUGGUGGGACCUGAAGAACGACGUGACCAUCUCCACGCCCUGGUACCUCGGACUAGUGUUCAGAACCAGGGCGCGAGAGGGGACGCUGCUGCAAGCCCAGGCCGGCCAGUACACCAGUCUGGUGUUCCAGGUGAUGAACGGUCAGCUGGUGUUCCUGGUGACACGCGGCUCGACCAGGCCGGUGCGACUGCGGCUGGACCAGGUUCAAGUGGCAGAUGGCCGGUGGCACGACCUCCAGCUGGAGCUGCGAGAUGUCCGCAGCGGCCGCGAGACGCGCUACGUGGCCACGCUGCGACUCGACUUUGGCCUCUAUCAGGGAACAGUGAUAGUCGGUAAUGAGAUUCACGGUUUGAAGGUGAAACAUCUGCACGUGGGAGGAGUGCUGGGCUCCGGAGAGGUUCAGAACGGGAUAAGAGGAUGCAUACAGGGCAUUCGGUUGGGUGUGCGGCCGGACUCCCCUGCCCUGCCCAAACCGUCCAAAACUGUCAAAGUGGAGACUGGGUGCAGCGUUGGCAACCCCUGCGCCUCAUCUCCUUGCCCGGCUCACAGCCGCUGCUCCGACCAGUGGGAGAGGCACAGCUGUAUAUGCGAACCAGGUUAUUACGGGAAAGGCUGCACGGACGCCUGCCACCUGAAUCCGUGUGAAAACGAGGCUCAGUGCCACAGGAAGCCCAGCUCCUCACACGGAUACAUUUGCGACUGUGGAGACAACCACUAUGGACAGUACUGCCAGCACAGGAUUGAUCACCAGUGUCCCAGGGGCUGGUGGGGAUCUCCGUCCUGUGGGCCGUGUCACUGUGACACCAAUAAGGGCUUCGACCCCGACUGCAACAAAACCAGCGGACACUGUCACUGCAAGGAGUUUCACUACCGUCCGCGCGGCUCUGACACCUGUCUGCCGUGUGACUGCUACCCGGUGGGUUCCUUCUCGCGUUCAUGCGACCCGGAGACGGGCCAGUGUCAGUGCAGGCCCGGUGUGAUCGGCCGCCAGUGCAACUCGUGCGACAACCCCUUCGCCGAGGUCACGAAUUCGGGCUGCGAAGUCAUUUAUGACGGCUGUCCGAAGACCAUCACUCAGGGGAUCUGGUGGCCUCGGACCAAGUUUAGUCUGCCGGCUGCAGUGCCCUGCCCCAAAGGCUCUGUCGGUGCAGCCAUCAGACAUUGUGAUGUGGAGAGGGGGUGGCUGGAGCCGGACCUUUACAACUGCACCUCACCUCCCUUUGUGGAGCUCAACGUCGCUCUCGAUUCCCUGGAGCGAAACGAGACCGAGUUGAACACCAUCAUGGAGAAGAAGCUCGCCCACCAGCUCCGGGACGUAACCGAGGCGACCGCUCGCCUCUACGGCAACGACCUGCAGAUAGCCGAGCGACUUCUGUCCCGCCUGCUCACGUUCGAGACCCAGCAGAGCGGCUUUGGACUCACCGCCACUCAGGACGCUCACUUCACCGAGAACGUCCUGCGAGGAUGCAGCGCCCUCUUGGGUCCCGGUACCUCCGGGCUCUGGCGAGCUCUCGCUCAGAGUCAGAGCCACAUCCCGGCUGGCGGCCCGGCCGAGCUGACGGAGCUGCUGGAGCUGUACGCCCAGAAUCUGGCCCAGAACAUGAAGCUCACCUACCUCAAUCCUGUGGCGCUGGUGGCACCCAACAUAGUCAUGAACCUGGACCGCUUGGAGAACCACACCCACGUGCGCCGGCGUUUCCCGCGUUACCACACCACCAUGUUUCGCGGACAGGCUCUGUGGGAUCCCUACACUCACGUGAUACUGCCCCCUGCUGCCCUGGUGCCGCAACGGCAGCAGCAACAAAACUGGAAGGAGAAGGAGCGGACGGAGAAGGAAUCUCCGAUCUCUCAGAACGGCGCUUCGGCCCCGGUCAGCAUCUCGGCCAAUCAGACGGGAGAAUACACCGCGGCCAGACGCACAGUUUCGCUGCCCGAGCCACCGAUCACCAUCGUCAUCAUGCUGAUCUACCGAAGUCUCGGAGCCGCUCUCCCUCCCAAGUACCACACGGACCGGCGGGGAGUGAGGCUUCCAAGACACCCAACAAUGAACUCCCCGGUGGUCACAAUCUCAGUCUACAACAACCAGACGUUUGUGGGUGGACACUUGGACCAGCCCAUCCUGCUGGAGUUCAAGCUGCUGGAGACGGCCAAUCGCAGCAAGCCUCUGUGUGUGCAGUGGAACCACAGCAGUCCACACGAGCCGGGAGGUUGUUGGACGGUGAGGGACUGCAUGGUGGUGUACAGAAACACCUCCCACGUCCGCUGUCAGUGCCACAGACUGGGCACGUUCGGCGUGCUGAUGGACAGUUCUCAGAGAGAGCAGCUGGAGGGGGACCUGGAGACGUUGGCCCUGGUCACAUACACCUCCCUGUGCGUCUCCAUGCUGGCCCUCCUCCUCGCCGUCCUGGUGCUGUCCUGCCUCCGCGGCCUCAAGUCCAACACCAGGAGCAUCCAUUCCAACACGGCGGCGGCCAUGUUUCUGUCGGAGCUCGUGUUUUUGCUCGGGGUCAAUCAGACCGAGCAGCAGUUCCUGUGCACGGUGGUCGCCAUCUUGCUCCAUUACUUCUUCAUGUCCACCUUCGCCUGGAUGUUCGUGGAGGGCCUUCAUAUCUACCGGAUGCAGACAGAGCAGCGAAACAUCAACUACGGAGCCAUGAGGUUCUACUACGCCAUUGGCUGGGGUGUUCCCGCCAUCAUCACAGGCCUAGCAGUCGGCUUAGACCCUGAGGGUUACGGGAACCCGGACUUCUGCUGGAUCUCCAUCUACGACAAACUCAUCUGGAGCUUCGCUGGUCCUAUCGGCAUCGUCCUACUGCUGAACGGAGGGAUUUUCACGAUCGUGGCCAAGAUGUCCUGCAACUCAUCUCAGAAGGAGACCAAGAAACUUCCUGUCAUUGCUACUGUCAGAAAUGCCUUCAUGCUGAUGCUGGUGGCCACCUCCACCUGGCUGUGCGGCCUGAUGGCGGUGAACAACAGCAUAUUGGCUUUCUACUACAUAUUUGACGUCCUCUGCUUGGUGCAGGGUCUGUCGAUGAUGCUCGUCUUCACCGUGUUCAACUCGGAAGUUCAGGAAGCCUGGAGAGUCGCCUGUCUGGGUAAGAAGAGCCCGGGAGAAGACACACCAAGACCACCACAGAACGCAGCUCAGAACCCGUACCACAACGCGUCUCUGUUGGAGCAGAGCGGGCUGCACCGCAUCACCCUGGGAACCUCCACCAUCUCCUCCGUCAGCUCCGCCAGAGAAAAUCUUUUGGCUCGUCAGACUCUGGAGCAAAACAUUGUCCACACCGGAGCGACAGACCUGGAUGUAGCCAUGUUCCACAGAGAUGGAGGUGAGGACUCGGACUCUGACUCAGACCUCUCCAUGGAGGAGGAGCGCAGCCUCUCCAUCCCUUCGUCCGAGAGCGAGGACAACGUCCGUCUCCGUGGUCGCAUCCAGCGGCGAUUCAAGCGCUCCAAUCACAGCGAGCGUCUGCUCACCGAACCCGCCAACAACGGCACAAAAGAUCUGGAUGGUAAUGACCUUUUGUCCUACUGGCCAGCUUUGGAGGAGUGUGAGACGCACACACUGCAGAAGUGGGGCUCGGAGCGCCCACUGGGGGGAGAUUACAGCAAGGACGCCGCCAAUAACAACCAGCUGGACGCGGCGCUGACCAGCGGAGACGAGAACGGCCUCACCCAGCCACACAGGCACCGCAAGGGUAUCCUUAAGAACCGCCUCGGCUGUCCUCCAGCGCUCCAGGGCCUGUCCUCCAUGGGCCGGGUCCCCAGCGAGCUCAACUGGUACCGAACCUCCACCCUGGGACACCGGGGGGUUCCCGCAGCCUCGUACGGCCGCAUGUACUCAGCCUCCGCGGGUGCCGGUGGAGGUUCGGGCUCCCUCUCCCAGCCGGCUUCGCGCUACUCCUCCAGGGAGCACCUGGACUCGCUCGCUCGAAGGCAGCUGUCCAGGGAUCCUCUUGGCAGGCAGACAGUUGGGGGGUCGAGGGACCGGCUGGACUCCCGGGGUUCCAGGGACAAUCUGGAUCUCCUACCGAGGAGGAGGGAGCUGGGACUCGGGCCAGGACCAGGUUUAGGGGCCUUGGAUCACCAGCGGGUCUCAUCGUCCAGGGAGAACUUGACAGGAUCCAGGGACAGACUGGACAACCAUCACGCGAGCAGCUUCCACGCCUCGAGGGAAGACUUGAGUGGGAACGGGGCGGCCGGAAUGGAGGCUUACCUCAGUGGGUCUAGGUCGCAGCUGAAUUCGCUGACUCGGCGGCAGGCCUCGUCCCGGGAGCACCUGGGAGGGGCGCUGAUGAGCAGCAGGUCGAGAGAGGAGCUGGAUCCCAGCGGGGCCCAGCAGGUCCAGCCGUGUCGGGAGUGGCUGCGCACGCUGCCUCCCCGCCAGCCCUCCCACCCGGACCAGCCCCUCUCCUCCUCGCCUCCUCCCCCCAUCUCCGAGGAGCCUCAGCAGGAGCAGCUACCUCCUUCAGCCCAAGUCAGAGGACGACUGGACUCCGCUCCUCCGUGUAGGUACCCCAGCCAGACUGUCCCCCAGGUCGCAGGUUCAAAUCCAGCCCCCCUGGGCCGACAGCCGUCCAGCGAACAGCUGGACAUCCUGUCCUCCAUCCUGGCUUCCUUCAGUUCCAACGUCCUUGCUCCUCCCGCCGCCGCGUCCAACCCUGGUCCCAACGGCUCCGUCCACGGAGCCUCCCCCUCCCCUCCCCAGUCGGCCACCUCCCACAGCAUAUCCGAAGUGUCCCCCGACUCAGAAGCCAACAGAAGUGAAGGACAGUCUUGAUGACAGCCUCCACACCCCACAACGGAUUGCAACGGUGCUGGAGGCACGAGGGACAAUAUCGAAGGUUGUGGACGGGCGGGAACCGCCGGGACAACGUGAGACACGGAGGGAGGACAAAAAAAAAAAAAAAAAGAGAAAACAUCCACUGAUAAAACCGCUUUCAUCUGUAGGCGGCGUAUACUGUAUAAAUCAAGUUGUUUUGAGUCCCGCCGCCUACAAUUAACUCUGGUUCUUUGGACGAUGAGUCAACCACAUCUACUACCUAAUAAAAAAAAAACUCCUCAGAUUUCAAACUCAACGAAGAUCCGUCGAAAAGAAACAACAACAAAAAAACAACAAAAACAAACGACUGUAAAUAACAUUUUUAUACAUUUUGUAUCUUUUUCAUUGGAGAUGAAGAAGAAAAAUCUCUUGUGAUGUUUCUUUUCUUUUUUUAAAGCGAUUUUGUCUGUGUGAGUGAGGUCGGUGCGAGUUUCUGUUGAGGGAGAGUUUAUUUUCCCCGUACCUAGAAAUACAAAAAAAAAAAAAAAAAAAAGACGAAAGAAACAAGAAUCCCCAAAUUUCUCCCCCUAAAAAAAUUUUUCCUCUGAAACUUUUCCUCACACCCAUCGACUUUAUGUAUAGCAGCAGGGGGUCCGGCAAUAGAACCUGAUGAGAUUAUCAAAACCGAAAUCUAUCCAGAUAUCAGGAAGUGAUUGUAAAUAGAAGAAGGGGGUUUAUUAUAAGGAGGAACAAGAUGAUUGUGCAGAGAGGGAUUGCUAUACAAAAAACACAACGGUGCAAAGUUCAGCUAUUAGCGUCCAGUCACGAGUGUCUCUUUCGGGAGAUUGUGCUGUUUCGUGAUCCACUGUGUUUGAAUGUGACCUGGUCAUCUGUGUAUCUUCGUGCCUGGUGCCGUCUGAACCGGACCAUAUCAGUCCGCUGAUAUCACAACACCAUAUCUUUAGUUGUCGCCUGGAGGCUCGGUGGGUGAAGGUCGAUAUCUCUGUCUGCCUCUCUGGUACCUUCUGCACUUUGAUGAUGCACCACGACUCAAACCUGCCUCAAGGGAUCGCCACGGGAAACGGCGACAGCAUCCACGGGACUCGUUUAUAUACGUAUAUAUAUAGAAAAUGGGAAAAAAAAAAAAAAAGCUUCUCUUGCAGAAGUUCUGUGCAAACCUAAGCCAAAGGGACUUCAAAACCUGUACGAAACAUCUCCACUUUUCCGUCACAGAAAUAACAUCUGCAGGGUGUGAACGGCUAAAGAUGGAUUUUUAGUUUAUUUUUUUUUAUAAUAACUGUGUCAUGAUAGAAGGCAAAAGUGGAUCUCUGUUUUUAUUAACGAGGCCUUAGAUCUACAAUACAACCCACUGUGUUUGGUGUCUAUAAGGAAGCGGAUUUUUAUUUGUUUGUUUUUUAUUAGGAGAUAAGCAGAUAAGAGGGAAGACAUGAGAUAUCUGUUUGGAGACAUGAAAGCAGCGUGGGAUCCGCCUGAAUAUAUCAGCUCACAGCUCUUUAUUUUUUCAGUUUCUGGGUGGAGAUUACCACCGGAAUAUGUUUUCUGUGUGAGGAAUUUCACAGAAAGCAUGCACAGGAUGAAGACUUUCCUACCAGAACACUCACUUUUCUUUUCUUUUCUUUUCCUUUCUUUUCUUUUCUUCUUUUUCCCCCACAUGGCUUAAAGCGCUACACAAAGAUGAGGUACAUUUCAAGAUCCGACAAAGAGGAAAAAGAGUAGAGGAGGUGCCAGCUGUGUCAGUGCUAAAAGGCUCUUAAGUGGGGUUUCCAUCAGCAGCGACAGCUUUUUUUAUCACAGGUGUUUCUGCAAGCUCUGAAUCCAGGCCUUAAGGUAGCAACACAUGAUGAAUGCAUGGAGGCUGAGAAUUUUUUAUGUUUUUUUUUUUUUGUUUUUUUUUGCAAUAAUGAAAUUGCUUCUGUAGAAGAAGAAGCUAAAUACAGCACAGGAGACACAGGACAGAAGAAUAACAACAUAAACCAGAUGAGGUUGACAGGAGAACGAAUUGGGUCAGAAACGGAGCAGAAACCUGACCGCAGGGAGGGAAGACGUGGACGUUACUCACCGCAAGAGAGAGGGAAAAGUGAAGUGGAUGGAAAUUCAGAAGCGCACACAUCUCCCCGGUCUGACCGCCGCUCGGUCAACUCCCGUGUCUUUGGGACGUGACAAGCGAAUAUCUAUCUGUCACACUGGUAUCGUUGCCAAAUAAAAAUUUAAAAAAAGAAAAGAAUACCCACCAGUCUGUUAAAGGAGUAGGACACCUAAACAAAAAAAAUAUAUCUCCAUUUAUUUUUUCACAAUUUCAUUUCUCUUCAACCGACCUUUAAUCCCUUUAAUCUACAGACAUGAGAUUUAUUUAUUGAUAAUUUAUCGACAGUAUUGCUGAUUCAUUUUAUUUUUUUAUUUAUUCAUUUAUUUUUGCCAUUCUUUUUUUGAAUGAGACGCCGUCGUUAAAGGAUGUAUGGAUGCUUUUUAUUUUUUCGUCCAGUAAUUGUUUUCUACAUGUGACGUUUCUUCUGAGUCUCUCGCAGCAGCAAAUUCAAAGAUGGAGGAUGAGAAAGCUCAAUUUUUCUUAAGCUUCAAAUAUUUACAUCUCGGAUUGAAAUCUGGUAAACUUCAAUUUCAGUAUCUAAACAUAUUCAGAUUAAAAGUCGAAUACUGGGUGUAAAUAUAGCGGUUGUGAUCCAUACCGGACAUCUUUUUACCCCCUGCACACUUUUAUAGAUGCAAAGCUGCAGCUUCACAAGCAUAAAAGCAGGUUAUUAACAGCUGCCACUAAAGGGUUAACAGGGUCGGGGCGAAUUCAGACUCAAGCAUUGUGGUUUCAAAUUAAACAAGAUACAAAAAAAAUAUGGUGGACUGAAGAUGGAAGAAAAGAAAGAGAUGGGGAGAGGAGGAAUGAUGGGAGAUUGUCUUUGUUGGCUCGUGUGUUCAUUAAAAGAUGCCUUCUGUCCCGCCGUCGGGAUGGAAACAGCUGUUCCCCUGUUACCGCGGAAACAAGAGAAAUGUUGGACAUUAAAAAGGAAAAAAAAGACUUAUUCCUACGAG